AGCGCGUGAGAGAGCCCGCGGCGGUUAGGUUUCGGCCGUUGCGGCUCCGCCCCUUCCUCCUCCUGCCUCCCCCGCCCCCCCGCAGCCCUCGUCCCGUGUUUUCGGGUUCCGCAGUGAACUUGCCUCUGCCCGGCCCGUUCGGCUCCCGCCGCCGGUUCCUGCGCGCCGAGGCGGAGGGGAGGGGAGCGAUGUUCGAAAGCCUCCGCGACCGGCUCCUGAGCGUCCAGCAGGACUUGACUUCGGGGUUGAAGAAUUUGGGUGAGAAAUCAAGAGAAGCCAAAAUAAGCAAGCAACGGAAUGUUCAGUGUUUGCCAGAGUUCUCUGCUGGAUUAGAUCUGCUGAGCAGGUAUGAAGAUAUUUGGGCAGCCCUUCACAGAGGAACGAAAGAAUGUGCAAAAAUGGGAGAGUUGGUGGAUAGUGAAGUUGUGAUGCUUUCUGCACACUGGGAGAAGAAAAGAAGUGGUCUCCUAGACCUUCAGGAGCAGCUCCAGCAAAUACCUGUGUUUUUAGCAGAUUUGGAAUCUACAACAGCUAGCCUGGUCCAGUUGGAAGCAAAUUUCAAGGAAAUGGAGAACCACUUACUGAAUCUUGAGGAUCUCUGUGGACAGUGUGAGUUGGAAAGAUACAAGCACAUACAGGCACUUCAGCUGGAAAACUACAAGAAGACUAAACGAAAAGAACUUGAGAUCUUCAAAGCCGAACUAGAUGCAGAGCAUGCGCAGAAGGUGCUGGAUAUGGAGCACACCCAGCAACUGAAGCUCAAGGAGCGGCAGAAGUUCUUUGAAGAAGCUUUCCAGCAGGACAUGGAGCAGUACCUCUCCACGGGCUAUCUCCAAAUAGCCGAAAGACGAGAGCCAAUAGGAAGCAUGUCUUCUAUGGAAGUGAAUGUGGAUAUGUUGGAGCAAAUGGACCUCGUGGAUAUGUCUGACCAAGAAGCCUUAGAUGUCUUUCUUAACUCUGGAGGGGAGGACAGUACUAUGCCAUCCCCUAUGACAGGGCCGGACUCGACCGCCUGUCAAAAUGAAAUCAGUCUUCAAGUCCCCACGCUGUCGGAACUGAGGGAGAAGUGGUCUUCCACAACGGGCGGCACUGAUUCUGCCAGCCAGGAUGCCAGUGAAGGGGAGUCCCCCGUGAUCCAGUCAGACGAGGAGGACGUACAAGUGGACACUGCCCUGGUGGCCGGCAGUGCGGAAGCGAGGGGCCCUUCUGACCUCAGCGAUGAGAGUGACUCACAAGUAGGCUGAACCUGAUCAAAGCGCUCCAGAGGAAUGACGACCCCAGAAUGAGCGAAGGGACAGUCGAAUGAACUUGCCCAUGUCACUGUAAUGGUUCAUCAUGGAAAAAAAAUGAGCACAUACAAAUUGAAUCUCAGUCAUGUGAAACAUUGAUUUUUAUAAAAUUUCUCAAAAGCACACCUUCCAGCAAUAAAGCCUUGGCUUUUGAACACAAAACCUUCUAUACAGAGGGCUGUCCAAGACAUAAGUUUUGAAAGGGUUUAUUUUCACGUCCUCAAUAGGAAUGUUAAAAAUACAGGUUCGUGUGUGUGUCUGUGAUUGCUAUUAGUGUGCCUGUCUCAAUCGCUGUGUUUAAAAACCGAUAAAACCCCUACUGCUGUAUUCAAGCUGUUAGCGGCAGAAUGGCCAGCUCUAAUGUUCUGUUCUGCUACCUGAGAAAAGGAAAACAAAGCCAGGUGAGAGAGGUCGCACUGACCUUUUAAUAGGGAGUGGGGGGAUUCAUUUUUCUUACUGAAGUAGUGGGUGUCACACACACCAUUACUCGUAAAAAGGGCCCAUGCUGGGAGAAUAACUGCUAAGUGUAUAUACCUUGAAUGCAAAGCAUUUUUAACUAGUUCUAUAAUGACCAAAGUUCCUGCUUUGCCUUUUACUUAUUUCAAGGCAAAUGAAAGGGGUGACAGGGGGCCCAGCUGUCUUCCGCGUUCACAGUCUGAAAACCAAAUGAUCAGACACAGUGAUACAAAAAGGGCAGGAGAGUACGGUACCAUGUCUGAGGCUGUAUUCGGCCGUGGGUACAGUUACCAGUACAGCAGGACACCUCCGAGCCCGCUGUCCCCUUGUGAUGCCAAGAUGCAUUUCUGAACUUCUUGUCCCUGACGUGAGAGAAGAGCCAACUUCCAUCCCUUUGCAGCACUGACCAUUAAGCAAUACGGAUCCAGCUGCUUACCACGGGGAGCCCAUGUACCUGGAACAAAGGUCACAGGAGGAGGAUAAUUAUGACCGCUCCGUCUUACUCCUGCUCUCAGUCUCUCUCGAGCCCAUUCCUUUAGGUGCUGAGUUGAUAUAAGGGUUUUUGACAUUAUGCAAUGAAUUAAUUAGAUCCUCGAGGCUGUCUCUAGUUAAGAAUGUAAGAUUAUCCAAUG